UAAUUUUGUGACCCACCGUCUCCCGUGUGUGUGUGUGUGUGUCUGUAUAUAUACGUGUGUGUGUGUGUGUGUGUGUGUGUGUGUGUGUGUGUGUGUCCAGGUGGACGUUAAAGACCCCCGUUUCCAGGCCAUGUUCACCUCCCACCUGUUCAGCCUGGACCCGUCCCACCCCAGCUACAAGAAGACCAGCGCCACGCAGAGCAUCCAGGCCGAGAAGCAGCGGCGCCGGGCGGACGAGCAGCGCCGCCGGGCGGAGGACGCGCUCACGCUCGCCGCCGGGAAGAAACGGGAGAACGACCCCGAGCCUCCGACGGCUGAAGGCGCCGCAAAGAAACCCCUGGACCCCGGUCUGUCUUUGCUCAUCAAGUCAGUCAAAAGCAAAACGGAGCAGUUCCAGGCUCGCAAGAAACAGAGGGUCACCUAGGCAACGGCCCUCGUUAGUCUGCGUGCUUUCUCCUGGACUGCUGGGGUUAUUUUGUACGUUUGUGUAUAAGAAAAUGUCACAAGAUUUUUGGGGGGAUUUUAACACAUUUUUUUUUCAGUAAAAAAACAAAAACAAA